UGACCCACCUACCCGCCACGCGUCGUAAUACUAUUGGUCUCUAACCCAUUUUGCCAUUAACCAAAAUCUUCAAUUACCCUUAACAUUGUCAAAACAAGUUCAACCAAAAUUUUUUUUAUCAAAAAUCAUAACUGUAUAUAAAUCGAUAAAUGUCAAAUAUACUGCGUCAGUUUCUCACUUUGUCACGUCACUUGAGUGUUUGAGGGAAAAAGGAAAAACGAAUACAAAUUAAGAACUCUCUCUCUCUCUCGUCGUUCGCUGUUCUCGUUGAUUUCAGAUUCAGUCAUCGACAUGGCGGAGCCUCCUUCGUAUGGAUUAGGUCCUCGAUUAGAUAUGCAGCAAUUACAAUUUGAAGCUCAGCAUCGGUGGUUGCGACCAGCAGAAAUUUGUGAAAUUCUUUGUAAUUAUCGGAUGUUUCAUAUCACAUCAGAACCUCAUAUAAGGCCACCGAGUGGUUCACUUUUUCUUUUCGACCGGAAGGUUUUGAGAUACUUUAGAAAAGAUGGACAUAAUUGGAGAAAGAAAAAAGAUGGAAAAACUGUGAAAGAAGCUCAUGAAAAGUUGAAGGUGGGAAGUGUUGACGUGUUACAUUGCUACUACGCCCAUGGAGAAGAAAAUGAAAAUUUUCAAAGGCGAAGCUAUUGGAUGCUUGACCCGGAAAUGAUGCACAUAGUAUUUGUCCACUAUUUGGAAGUUAAGGGUAACAAGUCAAAUAUUGGAGGAAACAGUGAUUGCAGUGUGCCUUCACUGAGUACAGACCCCAUGAGCCCAACUAGCAGCUUGGCAUCUUUACGCGAAGAUGCUGAUUCAGGUGAUCAUGGACAGUCGUCAGUUUCUGGAACGGAUUAUAUCCCACUUGUUGACAUGGAUAAAUAUAGGGGAAAUGAUGCUACUUGCAUCGAUGGCCUAAAAGCACAUGACAUGGCAUCAUGGGACACAGUCUUGCAAAGCACUGGCGAGUUGCAUGCUGAUCCUUCUCUUGUAUCUUUUCCUUCCAUCCCAUCUAGUUCACUGGCAAACAUCCUUGACCAAGAACAGAACAUCUUCGGUGACUUUUCAAUGAGCAGAAGUGACCUCACUAUUGGAGCAGGGAGUUCUCAGCCUCUCCAAUCAAAUUGGCAGAUUCCUUUUGAAGACAAUACUGGACACAUGCCAAGCUUAACCCAAUCAUUGAGUUUAGAAUUUGGAUCUGAUUAUGGCACUGGUUUACUAGGGAAUGAAGCUCAAAAUGAAAGUUCUGAAAUUGAUCCUGUCAUGUUUAGUUUUCACGGUGAGCCAAAAGAGAAGCUUGCACAGCAAAACUAUCUGGAAAAGAAGGUAGAAGGACACCUGCAAGAUGAACUAAAGUCCAAUUGCGCAAAUGAAGUUCACAUCGAAGAAACUAUCAACUAUCCCUUAUCUGUUAGACGCACAUUAUUGGAUAGCAAUGAGAGCUUGAAGAAGGUUGAUAGCUUCUCUCGAUGGAUUACUAAAGCACUUGGAGAGGUGGAUAAUUUGAAUAUGCAGUCCUCACCUGGUAUUUCAUGGAGUACAGAUGAAUGUGGGCAUGUGAUAGAUGAUACCUCACUGAGCCCAUCUCUAUCUCAGGACCAACUUUAUAGCAUAAAUGAUUUUUCACCUAAAUGGGCUUAUGCUGGCUCAGACACUGAGGUGUUGAUUAUUGGAUCGUUUUUAAAGAGUCAACCAGAGGUGACGACCUAUAACUGGUCCUGUAUGUUUGGGGAAGUUGAGGUUCCUGCGGAGGUUGUAGCUAAUGGAAUUCUGUGCUGUCAAGCUCCUCCUCAUAAGGUUGGGCGAGUCCCUUUCUAUGUAACAUGUUCCAAUAGGUUAGCUUGCAGUGAGGUGCGGGAAUUUGAUUUCAGAGAGGGUUAUUCUAGCAAUGUAGAUUAUACAGAUUUUUUCAACAGUUCAAAUGACAUGCUACUUCAUUUGCGACUGGAUAAAUUUCUUUCUUUAAAACCAGUGCACCCUUCAAAUCAAGCCUUUGAGGGUGAUAUGGAGAAAAUAAACUUAAUUUUUAAGCUUAUUUCACUGAGAGAGGAAGAAGACUAUUCCAGUAAGGAAGAGAAGACUGUAGAGAUGAAUAUAUCACGACACAAAGUGAAGGAGCAUCAGUUUCACAGGCAGUUUAAAGAGAACCUGUACUCAUGGCUUCUUCACAAGGUAACUGAGAGUGGUAAAGGGCCAAAUGUGUUAGAUAAGGACGGGCAGGGCGUGCUACAUUUAGCAGCUGUUCUUGGUUAUUACUGGGCAAUAACCCCAAUUUUAAUUGCUGGAGUUAAUGUCAACUUCCGUGAUGUGAAUGGAUGGACAGCUUUACAUUGGGCGGCAUCCUGUGGCAGAGAGCGGACAGUUGCUGUCCUUGUCUCCAUGGGUGCAGAUUGUGGAGCAUUGACGGAUCCAUCUCCAGAAUUUCCUUCAGGUAGAACAGCUGCAGAUCUCGCCUCUAGCAAUGGGCACAAAGGAAUCUCUGGUUUUCUAGCAGAGUCUUCAUUAACCAGCCACCUUGAAUCCCUCACAGUGGAUGAUAAACAAAAAGGUGGUCAGCAAGAAAUUUCAGGAACGAAAGCAGUGCAGACAGUUUCGGAACGAACUGCAACACCUGUGGUCUAUAAUGAUAUGCCUGAUGGCCUCUGCCUUAAGGAUUCUCUUACAGCUGUCCGUAAUGCUACACAAGCUGCUGAUCGCAUACAUCAAGUAUUCAGAAUGCAGUCCUUUCAAAGGAAGCAGUUAACUCAGUAUGAGGAUGACGAGUUUGGUUUGUCAGAUCAGCGGGCUCUAUCCCUUCUAGCUUCUAAAGUGUGCAAAUCAGGACAACGAGAUGGUUUAGUCAAUGUUGCUGCAACUCAAAUACAGAAAAAGUUCCGUGGUUGGAAGAAGAGAAAAGAAUUCUUGAUCAUUCGUGAAAGAAUUGUUAAAAUCCAGGCCCAUGUGAGAGGUCACCAGGUAAGGAAGCAGUAUAAAACUAUCAUAUGGUCUGUGGGAAUCCUGGAGAAAGUUAUAUUACGCUGGAGACGCAAGGGUAGUGGUCUUCGUGGGUUUCGACCAGAUACCCUUAAUAAAGCCCCCAGCCAACAAAGUGAUUCUCUAAAAGAGGAUGAUUAUGAUUAUCUAAAGGAAGGACGGAAACAAAAAGAAGAAAAAAUCGAAAAGGCCCUUUCUAGGGUGAAGUCCAUGGUUCAGUAUCCGGAGGCACGGGCUCAAUACCGACGCGUGCUAAAUGUUGUUGAAGACUUCCGUCAAAAAAAGGAUAGUAAUAUGGGUUUGAUCAGUUCUGAAGAGACAGUUGAUGGUGUGGAGGAUUUGAUUGAUAUUGAUAUGCUUUUAGAUGAUGACAAUUUUAUUCCUAUAGCAUUUGAUUGAUUCUCUAGGUAUUACUCCUAUCUUCCCCACUCUUGAUAUAUGUCCAGUUGGCUUGGGGGAAGUCCUAACAUCAUCUUGAUGUAAAUAUUCCUAAUCAAAAUUACUUGGAUGAAGGUUGAAUAUAUACAUAGGUUUUAUUAGCUAGCAUGCAUUCUGAUUAGACAUUUCAGAUACUGUAAUCUAAUGAGAGACAUGAUUUGAUUUUAUAUAUAUCUAUGAUGAUUUUCAUAUGAAAGUAUAAGAUUCUAUUUAUACUUGGUUGGGGUUGUAACAUAAUGGUGUAGCUUAGCUUGCUAAUGUAUUACUCUAAUGUGUACAAAAGUUUAUUGUGGCAAGAAAAAUUAUAACGAAGUGCUAAUUAUGAUUA